AAGAAUAUUUUUUGAUAAUUUUGGGAAUAAAUUCCAUGCCAUGCAUAUUCCAGGUGGAGCUUUCAUAUAAUUAUGUGACGUUGUCGUAUAUACACUAAAUAAGUAGAUUCUUUUUUCAUUAAACGUAGUAUAUAACAUUUAAAUAAGAUUUAUUUUUAACGGUGUGAUUGCCGUUAUAUGCAACUCCCUACACACUAAAUGGAGAUUGCCAAAUUCUUCAGACACAUUUCACUUAUUAUCGCAUUAUUUACAUUAGCAAGCUAUGGAGAGACUAAGAAGACAGGCAUUAAAAGCCAUGAUAUGGACAAUGUAUUCAAGUCCCUUCUAGGAAGGAAAUCCAAGAAGUCCAAAAAGGAACAGCCAGAUUCUGCUCCAGGCAUUUCAGUUGAGGACACUGAGGAUGAGCACCAAGAUGUAGGAUCACAGCAAUCAUUUCAAACUGUGAAGCCACAUCACCAAACUCCUGAAAAAGAGGAGUCUUUAAAUGAAGAAGAUGAUGAUUUUAACCUUGACGAUGUAGACGAAGAAGAGGAAGAAAAGGAGACCAAGGAAGAAUCAUCUGAUGAAGAAGAAGCUGCCGCUAAAGAGCCUACACCAAAAGCAGCUUCAAAAGGUAAAGGUAAGGGCGAAAAAUUCCAGACCCUUGAUGAAAUUCUUCUCGGUUUGAAAGAAAAACCGGUCAACCCUGGCGCACGUAAAAACAAGCCAGAUGAUGGAAAGUCGUUGGAAGACGCUUUAGAAAUCAAUGACGACGACAUGGCAAAUGAAGUAGAAGAUGAUACGCUUGAUAGCGCAGAGGAUGAGGAAGAUGAGAAAGAGGAAGAGGAGGAAGAAGAAGAGGACGAUGAUGAUGACGACGACGACGAUGAUGACGAUGGAUUUAAGUCGAAGUUGAAGAAGGCAGCGAAAUCAAAACUUAAAAAGGGAGCCAAGAAGAUUUCUGACAAACUAUUCGGAAAGCAUGGCAUUCCCGGUGUGAUUUCCAACAUUUUCCCAUCUGACAUCAAGGGUCAUAGUAAAUUUGGCAACAACCAGAUAGAAGGCGAGCUCAAGAGACUCAGUGAGGAGAACAGACGCCUCAAAGAGAGUGUCGACCGAUCUUACUAUGAAAGGAUGUUCAGACCUGAAACCGAUGUCACUGAUGCCGAAGGAAGAUUGAACCCUGGUUUGGCUGCGGCCAUGAGAUACCUUGGUUCUGGUUAUGACAUCAUAUACGGUAAUCCACUUGGUGACCCAGUUAUUAUGGUUGACCCAGGAUACAGGCAUCCAGUGCUUAGGUUGGACUGGUCAGAGAAAUAUUACAACAACGAUGGUGCUAAUAUGAAAGAGCCUAAGGGUGGAUGGAUCAGACCCGAGUUAUCCUGUAGGCAAUCUGAAUCUGUUGAUCACAUUAACACUAUGGAUGAUUACAAGAAGGAACUAUCCGUAGAUGCCAAGAUGUCUGCUGACAUGCCGUUGUACUUUAGUUUUAGUGCCUCAGCUGGUUACAAAAACAUGGUUAGGACUCUAGCAACUAACGAAACCAAGAAUUAUAUUUUGAAGACAUACUGUCUUAGAUACGUUGCUGGUAUCCAAGAUUUUUUGAACAUUGAACCAACUGAGUCCUUUGUAUACGACGUAAGUCAAUUACCUGAAAAAUUCCAUGAUGGAGAAUGUCUCUUGGAAGUAUACAGAAAUGACCCAGAGGACGAAAAGUGUGCCUCUGUUGUAAGACCCUGGAUGAAAUUUUUCCAGAAGUACGGUACCCAUUUCACUACUGUAAUUCAUCUUGGAGGUAAAGUUACCAACCAAAUUCAAAUUGAUAAGAAGGAUGUUGCCAAACUACAGAAGGACGGAUACAACAUCGACGUUAUGAUUAAAUCUGGUUCCAUUUCACCUGUGAAGGUCGGUGGUGGUUUUAGCCAUGAGAAGAAGGAGGAGAGUUCAAGCAACUUCUCCUCUUUACAGACUGAGAAACUUGUUAUUGUCAUUGGUGGUGACGUUCCUACCGACGGUACGGACAAGACCACCAUGUUGGAAUGGACCAAGAGUUUAUACAGGAAGCCUAUGCCUAUUAAGGUUAAUAUUGAGAGCAUCAAGACUUUGAUUGAUGGCCACGAAAAGAAGAAAUCAUUUGACACUGCCUUGAAAUACUACUCGGAAGCUUACGGUAUAUCUCCCGAGGAGUUGUACCGCCGCGAAGGUAGGAAGAUGGGUAUUGCUGGAUUGGCCAGACAUGGUACCCCUGUAACAUACUAUGGCACUACUGGUGGAAGUGCUGUAUGCCCCAACGGAAAGGUUAUUAUGAUGGGUUUCAGCGUCGUGAUUAGCUCGUCGAGGGCCACGGUGUUCUCUAAACCCCAAUACACCAUUAGCAUGACUCCAUGCCCUAUUGGCCAAGAGAAGUGCAUGGUUAGCGUACCUCCAGGUGCUGAAGGAAGGGUUUGGAUCCUAUGUGGUUCCGAAUCCAUUCCACUUUUGAUUCAGGAGACGAAUGUUGCCAACAAUGAGGCUGCCACUGCUCAAUGCCCAGAUGAAUAUGCCAUUGCUUUCGGUUUUGGUUUAUCAAUUCCGGAUGGUGCUAAGCUUACACCUGUGGAUUGCUACGCUUGCAGGGCAGGACAACAGUCCUGUACUCAGGCUUCGCCAAAGAGCCCAUACAACGCUGUUUGGAUUGCGUGUGUUGAAAAGAACGCACCUGAACUAGGCAGCAUCGUAAACCAGGCUCGCGUAUCUCUAUCCGAGGGCUGUUCCUCUAAAUUGCCGCAAACAACUGCUGACAACAUAUGCCCUGUGGGCACCCUCUUGAUCGCUGGGUGGGAAAUGAACCACUCAUUGGAUUCCUACACUGGUAUCCACAUGAUAGAAGACUGCAAGCAUGGCUACAAUGGUUGCAAGUUCAACAAGUCGAUUUUCGGUGCACCUGAUAUGAAAUGCAGAUCCCAACACUCAUGGAUUUCAUGUGUAAAGCACGAGGUUAUAGACGCAUACAAGAGUGGUGAUAGUACUCUUGGAAUUGGCAAUUCUGGAAACUCUGUUAUAGGCAAUAUUACUGAUGCCAACCCACCCGUCACCAUCGCAUCGAUGCAAAGCAAAACUGGCCCCCCGACGUUCAACUUUGAUGUGAAGAAGUCCCUAAACGCUAGCAGCAAGUGAUAAAAAAGAUCGUGUAGAACAUAUAUACGAUAAACAUGUAAUAUUAAUGUGGGAUGUUCCC